AUGGCAGCAGCGGAGCUACAAAUCCGGUGGGUCUUCUUCCCCCGGGAAUCCUGCUACGAAAGUGCAAAAGCAAUCCAAUCCCCACAUCCCGCGCUUAAAAUUAACGAACAAACUGAUAACUCCAUUGCCAAGCCCGCGUCUGUUCCCGAGGUAACCCCCCCUCCCCCUGAAAACACUAAAAAAUGUUAAGCCUGCCUGGGAACCUAAACAGGCCCCCAGCAGCGUCAUUUCCAUAUCUGUCCUAUAAUAUUAAUAAAAUCUGGAGAAUUAUAUCCAUUAACUGGGCGAUUAGAAAGCCAUCAGGAAAUUGGACUUUCAAUCCGCUGGCCCAGGUUCAGAUUCCGCGAUAACGGCUAGCUGAAAAUGUUCUCGGGAGACACGUCGCCCCGAGUUUAAAUCCUCAGUAACACCUGCAAAUAGAUAGCCAAAUGGUUUGCCUCCUACCUGUUUGGAUUCUUGGCCCUGUUAUGUUUAGUUUGAAGGCUUUGUUUGUAGUAUUAUCCACAAGAAUCUCCUCGAGGGGAGAGGGUAAUUGAUUUUUUAUAUACAGUAUUUAUUAUUAGUAUUAUUUUAUUUUCAUAUUCGAAUUGAGACAACUGUUUGACCAAGGUUUCUUCUUGCGGGUGCUUAAUGGUCCUAUAACGAGGCAUUUGAGAGGCAUUAAGGCCAGUGGAGUCAAUUUGAACACCUCGAACUCAAACGUCGAAAUGCCUGGGUGAGUUUCCGGGGGUGUUGAAGGUUCAAACUGAUCGGUACAUUUUCGUUUGUCCUCAGGCAUGGCAAUCCUCUAGUAGAGUGCUGGGAAUGUGCAAAAGAAUUAUCAAUCCAAUCCUACUUUGAAAAUGGCGCCCAACAAAGGAUUGAUGACUUCAUAGCCAACUGGUGCACGGCAAGAAUUUCUGUUGCUCGUGAUGGUCACUGCAUUUGUUCCUCUUGGAUCCAGGUAUUAAUAUGUUAGGCCAGCAGAUCAGGAGCUUGUAAAAUUAAAGUUUAUCCAGUCCAAAACUAACGUCGUCCUCUUUUAUUCCACUUCUAACAGCUUAUCUUAAAAUUACACCAGAAAGAUUUUGGGGCAUUCGGAUUGUUUUAUCGUAAACCUAGGCCUACCAUUACAAUAGACCACCUGCAGAAUACGUUCUUGUAGUCAUGCUCCUGGCAUCUAUUUAUUUCCCAGCAUAUUAUUCCAAACAUGUCAAGUGCAACAUUCGUAAAGAAAUUCCUUAUUCAAAUUUUCACCUUAGCUUUAGAAAACACAACAUUCAACAAUCAAAAUCAGGCAUUUUCCGGACACUGUGUAAACUUGUUGCAAGAUUUUAAGGGUUCAGAUUUCCGAUCUCACAUAGUUGAAAGAGUUCUGAUACACUCUCUCUCUUUUAAAGUGCCUUGCCGACCAUGGAGAGUUAGUAGAGGGAGGUGUGGUUAGACUCAUAGACGUGCUGACCACUGAGAUCGGAAACCACCACGACCACUAUAAAAGUUACAUCACAGGCGACUGGAAACAAGAUCUUAUCGACUUCAAGUUAAACCAAAAAUUUGACUCCACUAUAGUUGAUCUUCUUCUGUACACUCUGGCUAACUCUACGUCAACUUCCUGCUAUGUUGUUGAUACCGUUGGUGCCAAUGAAGAUGUUCAAAUAAAAGCAGCUCAUCCAACCCGACCAAGUGCUGUUGCUGUAAGGGAAAUUUUUAUUUCAAAGAUAGGCCAACACUAUGAUCCGAUUGUUGACGACAAAUUCAGGCUUUUCUCGUCUCGAAAAAAUGUCGGCAGCCAUGACAGGGAAGCAGCCCUGCAAUACCCGCAACCGGUAACGCCAUUGCACAUGGCAAAAGGCAGUUCUUAUUCACCAGCAAAUCUGGCGAUAUUGGAGAAACAAGUUUCCAAUCGAGCGUACAAAGUCCACCUUGUCAAAUGGAGAACAGCUGCGGAAAGGUACGAAGCCAAGAGACUACAGCAAAGCACCUAACUGAGAGGGAAGACAAACAGCAGCGCCAGAUGAAAAGGAUAAAGUACUCUGUAUGGGAUGGAGUACUCGUAAAGAAUGUACAUGCCCUACCCUACGAUAUUGAUGGAAAUUGCAUAUAUCAGUUGCCAUAUUCGAAGAAUGAUAGGCUUGCAAGUUCAAGGGAUGGCAGACCAUGGCGAAUCUAA